AGGAAUAAAUAGGUUUAACUUUGAGUUUUAGAGAUUAAUGCUUAAAAAGAUGUGAAGUAUAUGAAUUUGCAUUAUGCUAUCAAUUGAACUCAAGCCACAGACCAUAUGUGGAAAAUGAGUGGAGCCAUUUUUGUGAAGUCUGGUUACAUCUUGCAGUCUCUCAGUCAUCACUUGCUUCUGUCCUCUCAUCGCAGUCUUGAAGGUGUAACUCCGCAGUGGAAUUCUUGAAGGUGUAACUCCGCAGUUUCAUCGAAAUUCUACUUGUCAGGUUAAUCAUUGGGCAUCAGAUAUAGGCUCAUACACCAUGCCUCGUAAAUAUGAGUCUGGUGCUCAAAAGAGAAAAAGGAAACGAAAUAAAAUUUCAUUAAUUCAAAGUCAAGCAGGGGAUAUUGGCAAGUACUUUAAAAGUAACAAUGUGAAUACGUUGAAUGAGGAUGAAGUAGAUAUUCAACCUGCAUGUGUUAAUGAAGUAGAUGAUAAAGAUGAAGAAGUUAGUCAACCUGCCUACGUUAAUGUAGUAGAUGAUAAGGAAGAAGAGGUGAUAAAACCUGCAUGUGUUAAUGAAGUAGAUGACAAGGAAGAAGAGGGUUGCUUUUCUCUAAAUUUGGAUGAUCCCGGGAAUUGGAAAAUCAUUGAUCAGAGAACAAGGGAUUACUUAGUUGAAAGGGGUCCAAAAAGAGUUGAUGACAUCUCAUUUCCGAAAGAUUGUACAAAUAGGCAUUUUGAUUCUUCACAACAUAAGCGAUUGUUACGAAAUGGGCAAAUAAUUGAUAGAAGAUGGCUAGUAUAUUCAAUAUCUAUGGACAGGAUCUUUUGCUUUUGUUGCAAGUUGUUUAAAACACCCAAAAAUGUUGCCAGAGUUGGCCAACUUGGUAACGAUGGAUUCAAAGAUUGGCAUAAUUUGCAUCGAUCUAUUAAAAGUUAUGAAGGAAAUGAAGAGCAUUUAUGUUGCGUGACUAGCUGGAUUGAAUUGGAAAAUAGGCUUCGAACAAAAACUACAAUUGAUAAAAGCGUUGGAUUGUUGAUCGAUGCAGAAAGAGAACAUUGGAGGCAUGUAUUAACAAGGAUAAUCGCUAUUGUAAAAAGACUCGCCAAAAAUAGCUUGCCAUUUCGAGGAGAUGAUGAGAGGCUAAAUGUUGAGAACAAUGGUCUGUUUUUACAAAUGGUGGAAAUGAUUAGUGAAUUUGAUCCAAUAAUGAAAGAGCACCUUUGGUGGGCUAAUGCAAAAGAGAUUCAAUAUACGUAUCUUAGCAAAAAAAUCCAAAAUGAGUUGAUACAGUUGUUAGCUAAUGAGGUGAAAAGUGCAAUUGUCAAGAAAAUUAAACAUGCAAAAUAUUUUGCAGUUAUACUUUAUUGUACUCCAGAUGCAAGUCAGGAGGAGCAGAUGUCGUUAAUAGUACGAUUUGUAGAUGAUUCGGCAAACUUACCUAUAGUUGAAGAACAUUGGCUUGAAUUUUUGAAGGUAGAUGACACAACAGGACUUGGACUUACAACCGAGCUUCAAAAGGCUUUGAUCAAACUCGAUUUGGAUAUUGAUGACAUUAGAGGGCAAGGGUAUGAUAACGGAUCUAACAUGAGUGGAAAGCACAAAGGUGUGCAAAGAAGAAUACAUGAAAUAAAUCCCCGAGCUUUCUAUACUCCAUGUGGUGCUCAUAGUCUAAAUCUAGCGUUAUGUGAUAUGGUGAAUUGUUGUUCCAAAGCUGUAUCCUGCUUUGGAGUGAUACAACGCAUCUACACUUUGUUUUCAUCUUCUAUCAAGCGAUGGCAAAUUUUUAAAGAUAAUGUAAAAGGGUUGACAGUGAAAUCGUUGUCACAAACACGUUGGGAAAGUCAUGUUGAGAGUGUGAAGCCUAUAAUGGAGCAAACUGCACAGAUAAGAGAAGCAUUACUUGAUUUGGCAGAAACUAACGAAGAUCCUAAAGUAAAUAGUGAAGCCGAGUCGUUGGCAACACAUGAAUUUCAGAAUUUUGAGUUCUUGCUUGGCAUGGUAAUCUGGUACAGGUUGUUGCAUGCAGUUAAUAUUGUGAGUAAAUUUCUUCAAACUGAAUCCAUGGAUAUUGAUCAUGCUAUCGACCUAUUGCCAGGACUUGUUUCAUUUCUUGAAGAUUAUAGAGAAUCUGGAUUUGCCAUUGCCAUGGAUGAAGCGACAAAAAAGGCAAACGAAAUGGAAAUUGAAGCUGUAUUUACAGAAAAACGCAUAAUUCGAAGAAAAAAACAAUUUGAUGAAAACUGUAGUAAUGAGGUAAAGCAAUCAGCAGAAGAAUCAUUUAGAGUUGAGUACUUUGUUUUUAUAAUUGAUCAAACUCUAUCUUCUCUGAGAACUCGAUUUGAGUAA